GCCUCUCUCACUGUCUCUGUAUAGCUCUACCUUGGUUUGGCUAACCAGGCCUGUGGCCCGUAAAGUCCCUGCUGCCAUGUGUCAGCCUGUUAGUCAGCCUCUGAGGCCUGGCUGAGAGGCGGCAGCUCGGAGUCCCUAUAAACUCUCCAACCUAGCCUGGCCUAGCCCCCGCCUUCCUGGGCUGAGAGAGACACUCGGAAGGCUCUCAGGCUAGAGGUGCCGGCUGGAGGACCGGGAGGGUGCUUGGGGGAGAGGCAGACGGACCAGACGGGAUACCGGCAGGCAAGCACGGGAACACGGUGGUGGGGUGAGCCUGAGGGCUGGUCUAUCCUGGCACUCACCUCUGAGAAUUUGUGCCACCCCCUAACACUAUCUCUGCUGGAGGCUGGUCAGAGAGAACACUUUGGGCGACAUGACCAGGCCCUCUGGGGUGUUGGGGAGUGAGAGGGGACUGUGACCAGCAGGGCAGGGCAGAUAGUCAUUUCAGGGGCAACAGCAUAGACUGGACACCAUGUCUGGGAAGCGCGGUCGGUCCCGUAGACCCCGAACUAAGAGACAGGGCCGUGGUCGGAAGGGAGGGGGUGAGACAGGCCCUGUGGUUGAGACUAGGCCACUGGCCCCAGGGGGCCCCCAGGAUGGGGCGGGUCAGGGAAAACACGUGAUGGAGGAGAUGGAGGAGAUGGGCAGGUCAGUUGCUAUGGGGCAGCCUGGGCCAGUGGUCAGGUCAGAUUGCUCAGGGGCAGUAGAAGUGACAGAGGCUUCAACUGCAAGCCCAGAAUUGGUGUUGGUCACAGCCAUGGAGCUGGGGGGAUAUGGGGCCAGCUGCCCUGACCCAGCCCUGGCACAGGAAGUAUUGAGACUCCAAGAGGUCCAGCUCUGUCUGGAGAGGGAGCAGUUCUUAUUGGAGGACCGCCGGCGGCAGAUUCAGCUCCAACUGCAGCUGGAGGAGCAACUCUGGCGGGAAGAGCAACUAUGGCAAGAGGAACAGCAGUGGCUUGAGCAGUUACAGGAGGAGCACGCAUGGGUCCGGAUGGAGGGGAUUGAGUUAGCCCUGGAGCUGGAGCAGCUCAGGACGGGUGGCUUUGAAGAGCAGGAGGAACAGGUGCAUGGUCAGCUCCCUGGCCCAACUGCCAUGGCUCGACGAUCUCAGAGCUCCUCCCAGGGGGACAACCCCCUAGCCCCGGACUACCUGCCCCCCCACUACAAGGAAUACUACCGGCUGGCCUUAGAUGCCCUGGCUGAGGGGGGAGCUGAGGCCUACCGACGCUUCCUGGCGGAUGAGGGAGCCCCUGACUUCCUGUGUCCUGAUGAGCUGGCUCACGUGAGCCGCCAUCUUCAGCAGCCACAGCAUGCCUCCCGGGAGAAUGCCACUGGCCAGGGAAGUGCCUCCGGAUCCCUUCCCCACGCAGAUGCUGACGUAGACAUGGACGGCUCCUCUGGUACCUACUGGCCUGUGAAUUCAGACUUGGCUGUGCCUGAACUUGACCUCGGAUGGCCUAUGACCUUUGGCUUUCAGGGCACUGAAGUGACCACUCUGGUGCAGCCGCCGCCACCUGACAACCCCAGCAUCAAGGAUGAGGCCAGGAGGAUGAUCAGAGCUGCCCAACAGGUGGUGGCCAUUGUGAUGGACAUGUUCACAGACAUAGACCUGCUGAGUGAGGUCUUAGAGGCAGCUGCCCGACGUGUCCCUGUCUAUAUCCUCCUGGAUGAAAUGAAUGCCCAGCAUUUUCUGGACAUGGCUGAAAAGUGCCGAGUCAAUCUGCAUCAUGUGGAUUUCCUUCGGGUUCGCACAGUCUCGGGCCCCACCUAUUACUGCCGCACAGGAAAGUCCUUCAAGGGCCACGUGAAGGAGAAGUUCCUAUUGGUGGAUUGUACUGUGGUGCUGAGUGGGAGCUACAGCUUCAUGUGGUCCUUUGAGAAGAUUCAUCGGAGCAUCGCUCAUAUUUUCCAGGGAGAGCUGGUAUCCAGCUUUGAUGAGGAAUUUCGCAUCCUCUUUGCUCAGUCUGAGCCAUUGAUCCCUGCAGCUGGGGCUUUGGCCUUGGCCUUGACCCAUGCAGACACGUAUGCCCUGACUCCAUAUGGGGGCCCAGGGCCCCUGAUGGGGGCUCCUGUAGGAGGACCAGGGUCUUUCUUCCCCAAGCGUGCCCACUUGCUGUUCCCACCACGUGAUGAGGGCCUGGGCUUCCCCUCCUUCUUGGACCCUGACCGUCACUUCCUAUCAGCCUUCCGCAGGGAUGACCUACUCCGGCAUUCGGGGGGUGUGGGAGAUAUGCAUGGACUGAGGAUGCUCUCACGUCGGCCUGGCAUGGAGAUAGAGGCUGGCCAUGGUGGGGAUCCCAGCACUCGUGGCUUUCUCCGUGCCAAGCACCUAGAGAUGGAAGCUGGGCAUGGUGGAGACUCUGGUAAUCGGGGCUUCCUCCGUGCCAAACACCUGGAGAUGGAGGCUGGCAAUAGUGGGGACCCCAGCUCCCGGGGCUUUCUCCGAGCCAAGCAUCUAGAGAUGGACGCCUUUAAGAGACAUACCUUUGCUGAUGGAGCCACGGAGAACUUUGCUGCAUCCCGCCAAGUGUCCCGUCAGAUGUUUGUUAGCCAUGGUGAUGACUUCCGCUUUCAGACCAGCCACUUUCACCGUGACCAGCUCUACCAGCAACACUACCAGUUUGAACCUCAGUUCACAGCUACCCGGCCUCAGGGCUUGUUUGAGAAGCUGCGGGCUGGACGUCCGGGUUUUGGGGACCCUGAAGAUUGUGGGGUAGAGGGGAGCCCCCGUUUCCCAGAGUUAGAGGGCUUUGGCCCUCAUCCUGAGGGUCCUGGUGGACACUUGCGGCUGGACUAUGUGCCAUCCAGUGCCUCAAGGGAAGUCCGGCAUGGUUCUGACCCUGAACCCCGUGGACCGGAGCCUGGUGCUCCACAGCGCCCUAACAUUGGGCAAAGGUUCCUUUGCCAGUCGUCACCCACACAGAAGCAGAGUUUGGACCAACGGUGGUUUCUACCAGAGGCUGAACCAGAAAUGGAACCCAGCCGGAAGGGUGGGGCUGAGGGCCGGGCAGGGCUACGCAACUGGCGUAUCUCCUCCUACCUCAGCGGCUGCCACUCUGAUGGUGGAGAUGAGGGUCUGCCUGGCCCCAUGGAGGCAGAAUCCUAUGAUGAAGUCUUGGGUGAUCCCCCUGGCCGCUAUCCCUUACCCACUGGGGAUCUGCUCCCCUCCUCUUUCAGGACUGGGGGGCCCUUUCCCCCAAAGGCUCUAGGUGGGGGGGAUGGCCCAGAGCGAGAGGUGGCUGAAGGGGUAGCCUUGGUCAAGCAGGACUCAUUCCGCUCCCGCCUUAACCCCCUGAUCCAGAGAAGCUCCCGGCUUCGCUCUUCCCUCAUUUUCAGUUCAUCCCAAAAGGAGGGACCUGGAGGUGGGGCUGGUGCUGGGGCCACAAAUGAGAAAGUACAGCUCUUCCAGAAGGAGCAGACAGUCAGUGAGACAGUGGGUGAGGGUGGCGAGACAGUGCGGACAGCCUCCUCUUCCAAGGUGGCAGAGCUGCUGGAGAAAUACAAGGGCCCGGCCCGGGACAGAGACCGGGACCGGGACCGGGACCAGGAGAAGCCAGGUGGUCUGAUCACUGUUAGCAAAGCAGCAGUGUCACAGUUAUGGCGGGAAGAGACCGGGACAGGUGGUGGGGGCGCUGGUGGGGAGCGACGUAGCCUCGAGAGCUGCCUUUUAGAUCUGCGGGAUUCCUUUGCCAGUCGGCUGCAUGAAGAGGCUGAGAGACAGCCAGGUGCAGCUACUGUGAGUGCUGCCCAGCUUCUUGACACCCUGGGUCGGGGUACCGAUAGACUGCCCUCUCGAUUUCUUGUCUCUGAUGGCAGGGCUGCCCUGCCCCAGGGCAGGGCAAGUCCUCCACCUGAGAGGAAAGGAAGCCCCACACCAGCCUAUCCAGAGAGGAAGGGGAGUCCAGUGCUCGAAAAGAGAGGGAGCCCCAUAUCAGCAUUUCCAGAAAGGAAGGGGAGCCCUGUGCCACCUGUCCCUGAGAGGAAGGGGAGCCCCACAUCAGCAUUUCCAGAAAGGAAGGGAAGCCCUGUGCCACCUGUCCCUGAGAGGAAGGGGAGCCCCACCUUGGCCUAUCCUGAAAGGAAGGGAAGCCCCACCUCAGCCUAUCUUGAGCAGCGGAGCAGUCCCCUACCUCCAGUGCCUGAGCGGAGGAGUAGUCCUAUACCCCCAGUGCCUGAGCGGAGGAGUAGCCUCACAUUUGCUGGGGACACCCAGAAGAUAGGGACCCCUGGGGAGGAAGAUACUGGCCAACCAGAGUCCAGUUCCAUGGAGUUCCUGCGCAAGAGCUCACUUCGCCUGAAACAGUUGCUGAGUCCCAAGGGGGAGAAGAGGCUAGAGGAGGAGGGUGGCUUCUUAGGGCCCCAGGAGAAUGGGCAGCCUGAGGGCCCCCGUCGACCAUCACGGGGAGAUAGCCCAGAGGUAGGGGCAGAGGAACGGGGCUCCAGGCAUCGCUUGGCCUCUGCCACACCUAAUGCCCUCUACAGUAGUAACCUUCGAGAUGACACGAAGGUGAUACUGGAGCAGAUCAAUGCUCACAACCAGAAACAUCGUGGUGGGGCUGGAUCUGGGGCUGGGGCAGGAGGUGCAGCCCACAGCAGCCCUGAGCUGUACUGCUCACCUGCUGCUGCCCUGGAUGCAAGCAGGGCCCAUGAAAUGUCUGAUAAGGACAAGUGCUCAGCCAUCUUCCGCUCAGACAGCUUUGGGAGCCAGAAUCGCUUCAGCCGGACACUCCCGGCUAACCUAGAAGAACGAGACACCCUGCUGCGAAAGAUGGAGAGUAUGCGGAAGGAAAAGCGUGUCUAUAGUCGCUUUGAGGUCUUCUGUAAGAAGGAGGAGGCUGGGGCAGGUGAGGCUGGGGCAGGCGAGGCUGGGGCAGGCGAGGCUGAUGCUAGGGACCGCAAGGUGGGCAAGUUCAUGCCCAAGAUAUUGGGCACUUUCAAGACCAAGAAAUGAUCCAACACCCUGGCAAUCUUUCCUGCCCAGAGUGUCACUAUCACUGACUCACAUUACCACUAACACGCUCAACUCCAUCGUGGGUCCAGUGACCAAGGCAGAUGCCAAAUCUCUAAAUAGGGUGGGUUGAGAUAGGGUGGGGAGUGGGUGCCAUAUCCUGAAGAGCAGGAUGUCCCCUUGGGCUUAUGACGGAUAUCAUUGCCCAGGGGUAGAGGACCACCCCUAUCCUCACUGUGCUCACAAGGCCAGUGUACGUGGGCAGACCUAGUCCCCACAAUGAUGCGCUACUGCCUUGCCUGCCUUUGGAAUGUGGGCUGUACCUUUUUGGGGGACUAUUCCCAUCUGCCCAUCUAAUUAUAUUGGUCUGUCUGUCCAUCUGUUCAUUUUUUUUAUCUUCCUUUAUUCCAAAGCUUUUCAAUACAUCUUCAAUUGGACGAUGUAUGCUCCAACCCCCUACCUCCAUGCACUGGUCUACUUAUCUGCCUGUCGCUUCUCCUACUGGUCUGCUUAAUUAUCUGCCUGUCCUUUCUCCCCCUGGUCUGCUAAACAAUCUGUCUAUCCCUCUCUCUCUCUGCCCAGCCUAUUAGUGCAUCUCUCAGUCUAAGGAAUUUGGAAGUAACAAAUCCUCAUUUGAACAGAGCUUGACAGUUUAUGAAGAGUAUUCACACACUGUCUCAUUGGAGCCUCAUAAUGGCCUUCUGAGGUAUUUUUACAGAUGAGGAAAGGAGCUGGGAGAAGUGAUUUGUUCCAUGAUAUACAGCUAGAAAACUGUGGAGCUGGAACAAGAGAGCAGGUUUUCUGGUUCCUUGUGUAGUGCUGUUUUGCAGUGUACCAAGUUGCCUCUCCAACAGAGAGAAAGGGUGGAAAAUCUUUGCUUUGUGGGGGUGUGUGUGUGUGUGUGUGUGUGUGUGUGUGUGUGUGUGUGUGUGUCUGCGCUCCCAGGGGAGUUCUUCCCUGCUUAGGGGAGGGAGGAGGGAACAUGUGAGGGCAGGGAGAGGUCUUAGGAUCAGAGAAAACCCUAUCUUACAGAAUUUACAAGGAAGAUGGUCUUCCCAGCACCAGGUACUGUGUUUCAUACCCAGUAGGCACUUAAUAAAAGCUGGUUGAUUUGCAUGGUGGAUGGGGUAGGACCCUGGGGAGUUAUGGGUUCUGGUUGGGUGUCUAGAAAAGGGGGGCAGUGUGGUCUGAGGCUCUGAGCUAGCAUCUCUCCUACUCCUAGAUGGAUGCAUGCCUCUCUGGGUGUUGAAGAGGGGCACCCACAAUGAUGGACAUAAGAUGCUGGGAGAGUUCCCCUUGGGGAGGGGAUGGCACAGACCCAGUGCCUAUGUGUCCUCCACCCUCUCCAGGGGAUGAGAGAGGGAGGGCUGAGGGAACACUAAUUUGCUGCAUCAAUAAAUUAGACUUGAAUUUAUUAAACCUG